AUGCAAAAUUUCCAUGACUUCUUGAAUAAAUUGAGAAAUUACUAAGAAAUAGACAUUCCUUGUUAUUAUAGAAAUCAAUUUAAAACCAAGGAAAGCCUUAUCAAUCCUAAUUUUUAUGAAAUUUCAGAAAAGUAAAUUAUAAAUUUAUGUAAGGCUUUUAACCCAAAAUUACCACAAAUUAAAUAAAAAAUGGGACUAAUAGUGUAAAUAGUCAUUCAUUUUGGUUAUGAUCAAAUAUUUUCAGAUGAAAAAUAAAAAAACUAUCAAUCCCACAUCUGAGGAAUGGAAAGAAUUAACAAGUAUUUUCGGAUAAGAGGAAUAAACUUUAAAAUAAAGGUGGAUAACAUUAAUAACCCCAAUGGCCAAAAGUCUAAUUUGGGAAAAAGAAGAGGACGACAUCAUAAAGUCAUAGAUGAAGUAGGAGUUAUUAUUAAAUUAUUUAAUAGUGUUAAGCAAGGGAAACAUAUAUGGACUGAAAUAGCUUUGGAAUUAUAUAAUCACAACAAUGGUCUCUAUGUUAGAACUCCAAAACAAGUCAGAGAAAGAUGGAUGAAUUAUUUAAAUCCUAUUUUGAAAAAGUUUAAUAAAUAUUUUAUUUAUAUUAGGUCAAGCUGGACAGAUAGAGAAGAUCAUUAAUUAUUAUCUUUAGUAAUUGAGAAUGGCAAAAAGUGGUCGAUGAUUUCAAAAUAUUUAGAUGGUAGAACCGAAAAUUAAGUGAAAAAUAGGUAUGUUUUUAACCUUAAAAUAAUAGAUUUAAAAGUUUACUUCAUAAAAUAUAUUAAGAAUAAGAUGAUGAUGACAUUGAUGAGCUUAUUGCACUUAAAUAAUAUAUCUCCAAAAGACCCAUAAGAAGUUCAGAUCAUAAAAAUCAAUAGGACAGUAUUUUAAUAGAAACAUCGAAAGACAAAAUUCAGAAAACCAUCCCUCAAAAAUAGGAAAAAUAAGAAUUGAAUGAAGAUAUUCUUAUUUAAUCAAAAAAAACUAAAAUUGAAAUUGAAAAACAUGAAUAGAAUGUAGUAAACUAAGAAAAUCAAUAUAUCUACUUACUUUAAUAAGUUAAGAAUUAAUUUUGCUAUUCAACUUAAGGAAAUUGUGAUACAUAAAGCUUAGGAAACAGGAGCAGUUUAUCUGAUUUAAAUUAUCACGGAAGCUUUAAGGUACAAGAAAUUAACAACAGCUGCAAUGAGUAAAAUAAAAUCUCAACUAAAAUAUUUUAUGACUCAUUCUAAAUUUUAGAACAUCCUGAAUAAUGCUAAUAGAACAGCAAAAUAAAAGAACAGACUUCUGUGUUAGAUUUAAAAAAUGAAUAUCAUUCAAGUGAUGUUGGGAUUAAUGUGGAAGAGGGUUGUUAGGAUCAUUUUCCAAAUCUAUUUGAAUUUAAUCAAUCAGCAUCUAUUGUUCAUACUCCUUUAUAUUUUUAUAACUCCUAAUCUAUAGGAAAAUCUCCUCUUCUGACCCCUUUGCAAUCUCCAUUGUAGUGUGUUUAAUAAUACGAACAAAUAUUGGAACAAGAUCAAUCGGUAAUUAAUUUUUAGAUUAUAAGGAUAAUCAAUUUUAGUUUUUGAAUAAACAUGAUCUACUUUUAAAAUGGAAAAACAAGAGAAAAUGUGAUAUGCAAAAUACCAAAGAUUGA